AUGGCCGGCGCCCGUCUCCUCCGCCCUGCUGCGCAGCUGCUCCGCUCCUCGCCAUCAGCAUUCCCGAAAUCGAGCUUUCAGAGAGUCGCCGCGCCGGCGGCCGCGUCGAGAUGGAGGACGUAUGCGACGGGUACCAAGGAGAUGACGGUGAGAGAGGCGCUCAAUGAGGCAAUGGUCGAGGAGAUGGAGAAGAACCCGAAGGUCUUCGUGCUGGGUGAGGAGGUUGCACAAUACAAUGGCGCAUACAAGGUCACCAAAGGCCUGCUGGACCGCUUCGGCGACAAGAGAGUCAUUGACAGCCCCAUCACCGAGUCCGGUUUCUGCGGUCUUACCGUUGGUGCUGCGCUCGCUGGUCUUCACCCCGUCUGCGAGUUCAUGACCUUCAACUUCGCCAUGCAAGCCAUUGAUCAAAUCAUCAACUCCGCCGCAAAGACCCACUACAUGUCUGGUGGUAUCCAACCCUGCAACAUCACAUUCCGAGGCCCCAACGGUUUCGCCGCUGGUGUGGCUGCUCAGCACUCUCAGGACUACUCUGCUUGGUACGGCUCAAUCCCCGGCUUGAAGGUUGUCGCCCCAUACUCUGCCGAAGAUGCAAAGGGUCUCCUGAAGGCUGCCAUUCGUGACCCCAACCCAGUCUGUGUGCUCGAGAACGAGCUUCUGUACGGUCUGCCAUUCCAGGUCAGCGAGGAGGUGCAGAGCGACGACUUCGUCAUUCCUUUCGGCAAGGCGAAGAUCGAGCGCCCCGGCAAGGACCUCACCAUUGUCACCCUCUCGCGAUGCGUUGGUCAAUCCCUCGUGGCGGCGGAGCAGCUCAAGAGCAAGUACGGCGUUGAAGCUGAGGUCAUCAACCUUCGCAGCAUCAAGCCAUUGGACGUUGAGGCUAUCAUCAAGUCGGUGAAGAAGACUGGACACAUGAUGGCCGUGGAGUCUGGCUUCCCAAGCUUCGGCGUUGGCGCAGAGCUCAUCGCCCUGACCGCGGAAUACGCCUUUGACUACCUCGAGGCACCUCCAGUCCGCGUCACUGGCGCUGAGGUCCCAACGCCCUACGCUCAGAAGCUCGAGGAGAUGGCUUUCCCAACGGAAAACCUCAUUGCCGACUACGCCGCCAAACUUCUCCGAGUGUAA